AUGUCGAGCAGCUCGGACAGAACAAAUUACUCGUCACAGGUGUUUGACGACUUUAUUCACAAUUUGCACGAUGUUCAGCUAACGUUUAUCGUAGUCGAAAUAGCUAUUGGAGCAACAACGGUUAUCGGAAGUAUGAUCGUGCUCGCGCUAUAUUACCACACAUUCCAAAACAGUGUGCGGAAGAAAACUUCACACAAAUAUUUCGUGGCGUUAGCGGUUUCGGAUCUCUGUCAAGGACUAAUCGUUGCUCCAUUAGCGAUUUUUGUCUCCUUCGGCAUACGAACCAAUGAUCCUUUCUGUUUGGAAUCUAUGUCAGUUGCUGUCACCACAAUUUUCAUUUCACUCUUUUUGAUGGUUGGCAUGUCAGUAGAUCGAUAUCUGGCAAUAACACAACCUCUGAAAUAUCUGAGGGUCAUCACAAAUCGCGUAACGUACACAGUUAUUGCAAGUAGCUGGAUUGGCGGAAUUAUCGUAGGCGUUUGUUUAUAUUACACAGCGGAAAUUUCACCGAACCCGGAAAGACUAUGUUUCGUUUACACAGAAAGGACAAGUUUUGUGUUCAAUAUUUGCACCGUGAUUCUCUUUGUGAUACCUUCAAUUCUGUUAUUUCUGUUCAUCUACUCGAAACUUUACUCCGUUAUUCUUAAAGCACUUACUCCAUCGACACACAGUCAGACAAAUGCCUUGCUCGAACUCGGUCGAAUUGUAAUCCACAAAAACAGUCAUAAGAAUCUCCAAACGAGUAAUGGAGGUAUUAAAAUACGAGAAAUUCGUUCAACUGUCAUACUUUUCAUUACCAUUGUCAUUUUCCUGUUGAGUUGGGUGCCUGGACUUGUGUUACUCGUGAUAUUCAGAUUCUUUCCGGGAGCGUCGUCGUUAAGUGGAACAUUAGCUGUUUACGCGUUAGCACAACUCAAUUCGAUGAUAAACCCGUUCUUGUUUGUGCGGAAUAUCAAGAAUGCGGGAACGAUAUUGAGAGGAUGGUUCAUGUGUGGUUCAUGCAGGCACGGUGAGACUUUGAUCAGAAGUAGCUCGUCGUCGUGAGUUUUUCUGAUUUAAUUACAGAAAAAAAUUAAGAAAUGUACAAAAAGGCUGAAGUGAUAAGAAAAGUUUAAUAAUAAAAACUAAAAAUUCUUUAAAAUUUGGAAAUGU